AUGCAGUUCUGCAAUUCCAGCACGGUGACUGAGAUCUUGCUUUUGGGAUUUCAAAAUUUACAGAGUCUUAAAAUUUGCUUCUUUCUCCUGCUUCUGAUCAUCUUCUGUGUGACGGUAUGUGUAAACCUCCUCAUCAUUCUGUUGGUGUCCUCCAGCAGAUCGCUCCACUCUCCCAUGUACUUCUUCCUCACACAGCUCUCCUUCACAGAUAUUCUCCUCACUUUUACCAUUGUACCCAGCACGCUUCAGACUGUGUUGAAUGAAGGACGUUCUCUGUCUCUUAUUGGAUGUGUAACUCAAUUUUAUUGUUAUUCAGCCUCAGAAUCCUUUGAAUGUCUUCUUCUGAGUGUAAUGUCCUAUGACCGGUAUCAGGCCAUCUGUAACCCUCUACAUUACACCUCAGUCAUGGACCUCACAUUUUGUAUAAAAGUUGUUCUCUUGUGUUGGGUGAUGGUUUUUGCUGUUAUAUUGACUGUUGCAAUAACAAUGAGUCAUUUGUUGUUCUGUGGACCAAACAUCAUUGACCAUUUCUUCUGUGAUUUUGAUCCCAUAAUUGAACUUUCCUGCUCAGAUACAUUUUUUAUGAAACUAGAAGACAUGUUAUUUGCAGUGCCAAUUGUGGUUUUUCCAUUUAUUGUGAUUCUGGUCUCAUAUGUUUAUAUUAUUAUCACCAUACUGAAGAUCCCAUCUGUGACCGGGAGGCAGAAGACCUUUUCCACCUGCAGCUCUCACCUGGCCGUGGUGUCUUUAUAUUACGGCUCACUUAUUAUGAUAUAUUUACUCCCAAAUAAGAAAGGUGUAAAGAAAACCCUCUCCCUGUUCUACACUGUAGUGACUCCACUUCUCAAUCCUAUUAUCUACAGUCUGAGUAAUAGAGACAUUAAGCAGGCUUUUAAGAAGUUAAAAACCAGCAUAUCUUCUGCCCUUCAAGGGAGAUUCAUUGAAAUUUCAACGAACAUUGCAACGAACAUUGUGACAAGUAGGUACUCUGAUGUCAUGUAUGCAGCUUCACGUAUGUGA